AUGGAAUUCUCAUCUUACGUGGAGCACCUCCGUUCCGGCGGCCGUGCCAAGUUUCCGGCCAAUGCCAACACAAUCGAAUACGCCCAGCAGAUGGACCACCAGGAUGAACUCCGUCACUUCCGAAAUGAAUUCAUCCUGCCGACCAAGGGGUCAUUGAAGAAGAAGGCAAUUAAUGGUACCCUGCCAAAUGGCGAAAAGCUGGCUGUCAAUGGCGAGACCAACGGUCACAGCACAUCCCCAUCAGAUGGCACGCCAUCCAUCUAUUUCUGCGGCAACUCACUUGGUGUGCAGCCCAAGGCUACGCGGCAUUACCUGAACGCGCAACUCGAGACCUGGGCUUCGAUCGCUGUUGGCGGCCACUUCUCAGCCCUGGAGAAUUCGCCUCUUGUGUGCUGGCAGGACAUGGCGGAGGAGUGUGCUAUCAAAAGCGCUGCCAUCGUUGGAGCGCUGCCCGAGGAGGUUGUUGUCAUGAACACUCUAACAGCGAAUCUGCACUUUCUCAUGGCAAGCUUCUACCGACCCACCGAAAAGAAGCAUAAGAUCAUCCUCGAAUGGCGCCCCUUUCCCAGUGACCACUAUGCCAUCGAGUCACAGAUUCAAUGGCACGGCCUGGAUCCCAAGAAGUCAAUGGUGCAGAUCCAACCAGACGACGACUUUUACAUCUCCACUGAUCUCAUUCUGAGGACCAUCGAUGAGCAUGCCGACGAGACAGCGCUCAUCCUUCUGCCUGGCAUUCAGUACUACAGCGGCCAAUUAUUCGACAUGGAGCGCAUCACCAAAUACGCACAAGACCGUGAUAUCGUUGUCGGCUGGGAUCUUGCCCACGCGGCUGGCAACGUUGAGCUCAAGCUUCAUGACUGGAAUGUUGACUUUGCGGCGUGGUGCACUUACAAGUACCAGAACGCAGGACCUGGCGCUAUCGCAGGCGCGUUCGUUCACGAGCGGCAUGGUAAGGUGGAGAAGGAGAACGGGCGUCCUGUGUUCAGGCACCGCCUGACAGGAUGGUAUGGCGGAGACAAGUCUGUGCGAUUCAACAUGGACAACAACUUCUUGCCGACAGUAGGCGCUGGCGGCUUCCAGGUCUCAAACCCUUCGGCGAUUGAUCUAGCGUCGCUUGCCGCGUCACUUUCUGUUUUUGCCAAGACGGACAUGAAGUCGUUGAGAUCCAAGGCGCUGGUCCUGACAGCGUACGCAGAGCAUCUACUGGAUGGUAUCCUCGCAGACGAGUCCAAGGAUGAGCCAUCGUUCAGAGUUAUUACGCCAAGGAACCCGUUGGAGCGAGGAACGCAGCUGAGCGUGCUGCUCAAGGACGGCCUAUUGGAUGACGUUAGCGCAGCACUGACGGACGCGGGUGUGGUUUGUGAUAAGAGGAAGCCAGGCGUCAUUCGUGUCGCCCCGGUGCCGCUGUACUGUACGUUCGAGGAUGUGUGGACAUUUAUGGACGUCCUUAGGAAGUCAAUUGCAUAG